GCUUGUGUAACUCACGUCACUCACAAGCAGAGUGAAUAAUAGUUGGUGCUAAUGUCCAUACUCUGUUUGUCCCGUUUGACUCUUCGAAUAAAGUGAUUAGUGAUAAUGAACAACGCAAAUACUCCAACAACGAAUAAAACGCCAUUCCGCAGACUGGGGCUAGCCAGAAGUAUUAAAAAGGCGGAAGUUCUGAACAAAUCGGACACCCCGAUCACCUACACUUCAGCUUCAAGCAGCACUGGAAACCAUGUUUUACUGGACAGUCAUUCCAGUCCACUUACGCAUCCAAUGCGUACCAUCAAGACAAUCUCCACGGAUAAUAGCAGUUACACAGCUGACAAAAACGGCGACAUCCCAACGCCAGAUACACCGGUCAAUGUUGAAACAAGCUCCAAGAAAACGCGCCUGUCAUUGAGUCAAAGCUGGAAAAACAAAAUCACACAGAAGAGACAGCUACACACUCUCAAACGUCGCAAGUUGCUGGAUACUGUUGACAAAUAUUCAGAACCUGAUAAAGCUGAUAGCGUAAUCCAUUCGGAAAGCGAUAUAUGCUCGGAUACUGAACAUGUAGAAAAUGCUAUUCCUUCUAAAUCCAAUUCAAAUUCUGGACUGAGCAUAUUAACAGCUGAUAGAAGCUCCAUUUCAGAACCAACGUCCAAAACAAAACAAAGAAUUCAGGAAAUCAAGGACAGUAUCACGGUUUGGAGAGCUGGGUGCGUCGCAGCUUUGACUGAUCUACAGGAGAGACGCAACACUGGAGAUAUGGAAUCGCUGCUUAACAUGCUCCAAAUACCAUUAGAAAUUGUCAACUACGAUAGGGAGACCCAAGAAUUCCUCGAUCCAGACUGAUUGAUUUAUAGUUAUGUGUUACUUUAAGAAAUUGCUUAUUGUUAGGUUGUUCGUUGAGUUACUUUUGCUUAUACUUAUAUUACUAUUUCUUAUGAUGAAUAUUGUAUUAAAAAAUAAUGAUGUUUCUCUCAAACAAUGGAUAUAACAAGGCCUUGAAAUUUCACAUUUUCA